GUGCUUUAGAAAAUUUCAUCUACUACCAUCAGUGAGAAGCAUAAAGUGCCUAAUGACAUUAUCAUCCAUUACUCCUAUUGUGCUGUUGUCAUUAUUUCAACACCAAGAACCGAGGUUUCUUAUUCCCAUCAUCAUACCUCUCGUUUACCUUCAUGGGCCGUCAAUUUUACCAGAAGUUCAAGAUGUUCUAGUAGAAGCACUUAAAAUACGAUUGGUGCGCCCUAAAAAUAAAAAACCGUCCUAUGUUUUACUAAAAGUGUGGUUUAUUAUUAACACUUUGCUGAUGAUAUUUUAUGGGUUCAUACACCAGGGUGGGGUUUAUAGAGCUGUAGAGUAUUUUUCACAAGAUUUGAGAGAUACGCCGCUUACAACUGAAUUUCAUAUAGUUACUAGUCACAUAUAUUCAAUACCAGAAUCUUUUUUACUGCAAAGACCUAGUAGUAAAUUAUACAAGGAAGGAAAAUCUCAGUACUCUAUUAGUCGGAGGGUUUUUUUGUACGAAGAAGGCUCAAAAGAAAUCAGACUGAUAUUAAAACAACUUCAGGUCAUCAUAGAGCAAAAUCAUAAUAAGUUUAAAGGUAAUGUAAGAAAAUUUAAGGUAUACCUACUUAUAUCAAGUAGUUUGGAGGAUCAUUUCAACUAUUUAAUGGGAAAGCAGUUCUUAAAUUUUUACCUGGUGAAGACAUUUUACCCACAUCUAAGUAUGGAAGCCUUUCCAGAUUUUAGUAGUUACUGCUUGAACAUUGCCGCACAUUUCUAUGGAAAAACGUGCACUGUCUUGUCGUUCGAACAAUAUUUCUCAAAAAUAUUUAAAUCUAUUGGACUUAACUUGUAUCAAGUUACCUUAAAUAAUAUUUAAUAUUAAGUGUUCACUAGUAAAUUUUAAAAAAGAUCUGUGAUAAGCAAAUAAUUAAUAAAUUUUAUUAGUUAAACAUUGGUGAGCUGUCAAUGCACAUAUGCAUGUGAGAUAUUAAUAGAUAAUACCUUUGUUUGAAGAACGAAUUUGCAACGGUUUGAGUUUGGUAUCAAUUGCACAUGCCUGUUCAUAAUUGCAUUAUUAUAAGAAAUUAUUAUAUUAUAAAGAAUAAUUAAAUUAUAUUUUUAUAUUUUAUCUCUUAUGGUUUCUGAUUGUUGUAAACCAUUCUUUGAACAAAACUAAUUAGAAUUACAUAUACGAUUUUGCAGUAACAGUGGCUAUAGGAAAGAAUUUACGUUAUACAUAUAUUGUAAAGUUGUUUCAAUUAUUUUUAAAGUAAAUUUAAAAUCUUAAAAAUUAGAUAAACAUUUUA